AUGUUUGGACGCUCAGCAAGCGCCACCGGCGGUGGUUUAAGCAUCAACACCGGUGCCGCCAAUGCUGGUGCUUCUACGUCCGCAGCAGGCGGCGGACUCUUUGGAAAUGCGACGGCCUCGACACAGCCCGCUACGAGCGGCGGUCUCUUCGGCGGUACUCAGACGGGCGGAGGAGGACUUUUUGGCAACAAGCCAUCAACACCAGCGACCGGCGGUCUCUUUGGCUCAGCUCAGCAACAGCAACAGCAGCCCCAGCAACAGCAAAGCGGAGGACUCUUUGGCUCGGCUCAGCCUCAGCAACAGCAACAGCAGGGCGGAGGACUCUUUGGUUCGGCCCAGCCUCAGCAACAACAGCCCCAGCAGCAGCAGAGCGGGGGUUUGUUUGGCGCAUCCCAGCAGAAGCCGGCCACUGGUGGUCUCUUUGGUCAGAGUACGUCGCAGCCGCAACAGCAGCAGCAGCAGCAGCAGCCGUCUGGAGGACUUUUUGGCGGCGGAAACACACAGCCCCAGCAGAACCAAGGUACCGGCGGCGGGCUCUUUGGCCAGAGCCAGGCUAAGCCGGGUGGUCUCUUCGGCCAGUCCCAAGCAGCCAACAGCUCGGCCCCCGGCCUGACAAUGGGCCAAUCGACAACUCAACAAACCGUCCCCGGCGUGCGGGUGGACAUAUCCAACAUCAAAGGAACGACGCGGUUCAAUGACCUCGAACAGUCAAUCCAGUCCGAGAUGGAGAACUGCGACAUGAUGAUCCAGCGGUUCAUGGCACACGCGUCAGAGAUUCGGGGUUUCAUGGCAGCCCACGGCGGUGACCUUGGCCAGCUUACGACGGACGUGAACUGGCUGCAGCGCAAGUACGAGGGCGUCAAGACGACACUGGACGAGGACAUUGUCACGCUGGCGCACCUCAAGGACUUGGUUAAGUCGGACGCCGACAUUGCCAAGAUGGCGUUCGCCGGCGCCGAUCAGCUCAAGCUGCCGGCGCACUACCACCAGACGUGGCUUACUAGGGGCGGCUCGGGGGGAAACACGACGAACGGCAGCCCGGACCGCAACGUCGAGGAUGUGCUCACGCUCUUCUCGAACGAGGCGGACCGCCUUAAGGAACUGCACCAGUUCCAGGUGCAGAAGAUCAAGGAGAUGGAGCAGCACAUGCCGGGCGUCGAGCACGGCCUUUACGAGCGCGUGCGGGCGCUGAGGGACCAGACGCAGGUGCCGGCCUUCAACAUGGUGCUCGACCUGCUGGAGACGAUCAAGAUGAUGGGCGACAAGAUUUACGAGGCAGCGGGCGCCAUUGUCGACGUGCGCGAGAAGCUCAGCCAGCUCCAGCGUCAGUACCCGACCAAAUGA